GUGCUGUUUUUUGGAAACACAUCGCUUCCUCGAGUCGUUCUUCCUCUCUCUUUUUCCUUCUUCUGCUUUCAUAGUUCCGCGUUCUUACUUGCCGAACGGCAUCGAGCUGAACCCCAAAUACAUACCCUACGACGAAACGGUUGACCUCUUCCUUUCCUUUUGUAGAAGAUCGAAAAGCACCUCUUAGUAAAGAACGGGAAAAAUACCCUUCUUAUUCCAUCCAACAGAGUCCACACCCACGCUAUACAACCACACCGCUAGAAUCAUGUUCUUCGCCGGAGGCACCUUUGGUCAUGAGAGUGAAGCGCGGGAGGCCAACAAGCGCCAAACUGGCCGUCGACAUCAACCACAAGACAUGGCACUGUCGCCCACCGGAAACGUCCCCGCCGGUCCCGUAGCGAGUGAAGAUACGAGCCGUCACAUGAACGACCAAAAGCAGAUGUCUGCGGGUCCGUCCUUUAUGGACCGGAUGUACGCCCACGACGCCUCGGCCGGCCAGCAGCCGCACGCGGCCCGCCGACAAAAAGCGGGUCCGAGGGACAACUUGAACAUCUUCUCCUGGCAGGAGGCUGACAAAGCUCAGGUGUCCCCGCAGCAGGCGGGUCGUGGCCCUCGGGAGGCUCGCAGUACCGACGCUACAAUGGCGGUGCCGACGGCUGAGGAUCGCCGGGCGCAGGAGUCGAAGAAGUUCGAGACGCACAGCGCGAGCACCUUCCUGAAGUUUAGUGAUACGCCGGUGAAAGGCCAGCAGGCACCAACCCCCAAUGCGACCCGUCGUGCAUCAGGGUCGGCGCAGCAGGGAGGUGGCAUGAUGGGGGAGCUCAUGCGCGACCAGCCGCAGCGGCCGCACGGCAAGCGCAUCCAGGCGGAGCAGCAAAGAACGGCGAAGCAGACGGGGGCGGGCGGCGAGGUGUCGGGUGUGGCUGGAUUCCCUGGCAUGGGCCAAAACAGUGCCCCGCGUCCGGGGCCGCAGUCGAACCGGAAGCAGGCCCCGUCGAACGUCUUUCCCCCGUCGUUGCCGCCGUGGGCUCAGCACGACGAUGCGGAGGCGGAUCGCAAAGGGGCUCCGCCGCCGGCGUCUGCGCAGCGGCAACCGGCCUACCGACUGGACGGCGACGACUACGAGUCCCGCCACUACGACGAGGGCGAUGUGGCCGGCGCCAAUCAGGUGCCGCCGCGCCGCAUGCAGGAGAUCGAGAUGUACGACGACGAUGAGGACAACUACGCCCCGGUGCCUCAGCAACAGCAGCGGCAGCAGCCAGGGGGUGGUCGCCCGCAGCCGAAGUGGUUGGACGUGCCGGAGGAGGGCGCUGGCCGUCAGGGAGGCGCUCCAGCUGUUUCGCAGCACCGGUACGGCUUCAACCCGGAGCAUCAGGAAUUUUACGACGACGGCGAGGAGGAGCCCGGUCGUCACGUGCACUAG